UUUUUUUUUUAGAAACAUACUUUUUCUUUACUGUUAACACAGAUUUUUUUUGUCUUACCGGCUUGGGAUGUGACUUUUCGGUGUAGACUUUGCGCCCAGGCGGAGCACAGCAUUCAUCUUAUUCGCACAUAUUAAAAGGCGAAGUUGAGACUUUUGCAGGACAGUUUCGUCACUCUUACAUGACAUAGUAACACUUGGCUCCCGUCACCUCUCGACCAUGGCGGAAGCGGCCCAGCAGCCACACCUGGUGGAAAUCGACCCGGAUUUCGAGCCCCUAUCGCGGCCCCGGUCAUGCACUUGGCCUUUGCCCCGACCGGAGUUCAUCAACCCGGGCGACUCCAACACAUCCUCCCCGGUGCCGUCCGUGAAGCAGGAGCCCGCCGGCAACGAGUUCAUCAACAACCUCAGCCUGCUGGAGGAGACUGAGGACUUCGUGGAGCAGAAGCCCGGCAUCCUGUGUGCUGACUUCCAGUGCCAGGAGAACUGCGUCCACCAGCAGCCUCCACAGCAGCAACAUCAGCAUCAGCAGCAACAUCAGCAUCACCCGAACCCACAACUCCCGCAUCAGCAGCAGCAGCAGCAGCAGGUGUCUCUGCUCUCCUCCCCGGUGGGCUCGUCCUCCUCCUCCUCGGCCGCAGCUGCCGCCGCCGCUGCCCAGAGGAAGAGCAGCUCCUCCCGGCGAAACGCAUGGGGGAAUAUGUCAUAUGCUGACCUCAUAACCAAAGCUAUCGAAAGUUCUCCCGAGAACCGACUAACUCUGUCUCAGAUUUACGACUGGAUGGUGAAGAGUGUGCCUUAUUUCAAGGACAAAGGUGACAGCAACAGCUCUGCAGGCUGGAAGAACUCCAUUAGACACAACCUGUCGCUGCACAGCCGCUUUAUUCGCGUCCAGAAUGAGGGCACAGGGAAGAGCUCGUGGUGGAUGCUAAACCCGGAGGGAGGGAAGAGCGGCAAGUCCCCGCGACGCAGGGCCGCCUCCAUGGACAACAACAGCAAGUUCACCAAGAGCAGAGGAAGAGCAGCUAAGAAAAAGCUGUCCCUGCAGGGCGGCCCUGACGGAGGCGCAGACAGCCCAGGCUCCUACUCCAAGUGGCCUGGCAGCCCCAACUCCCACAGCAACGACGACUUUGAUGCAUGGAACAGCUUCAGGCCUCGGACCAGCUCCAACGCCAGCACUCUGAGCGGCCGCCUCUCACCCUUCAUGCCCGAGGACGACCUCGGGGAGGCAGACGUGCAUAUGGGCUACCCGGGAGCCCCCGGGGCCAAGAUGACAGCCACCCUGCCCAGUCUCACAGAGAUGACGGGCUCUCUGGGACACAGUUCUGAGAAUGUCAUGGAAAACCUUCUGGACAACCUGAACCUUCUCUCGCCCAACAACUCUCAGGUUGGAGGAGGGGCGACGACCCCUGGCUCGUCCCAGUCCUCCCCCUCUCCGAUGAUGCAGCCCAGCCAAGGGUACCCCGCUUACAGCUCCCCCAGCAUGGGGGCGCAGCCUCAGCAGGAGUACCGCAAGUGUGUGUAUGGCCAAGCAGGAAUGAACACCCUGUCGUCCAUGUCUCUGCAGACACUGCCAGAGAGCAAGCCCAGCUUCGGGCCCAGUAUGGGCCAGUACAGCUGCCCUGCGGGGCUUCUGAAGGAGCUGCUGACGUCAGAUACAGACCAGCACGGUGACCUCAUGCCGUCAGUGGACACUGUGGUGUCUCAGUCCAGCGGAGGCUGCAUGCUGCCGCCGUACAGCAGCAACCAGCAUGCAGCCAAACUCAUGGGUGGAGGGAAUGGUCACCCGCACGGUCUCGCUCACAAUCACCCCCGCAAUGUGCACAGCCAAGCCCCGGCCUCGUCACCGUCCAUGAAUGGCCGCUUGCUCAUGUCUCUGAACCACAGUGGGGGCACCACGCGUUUGCCUGCAGCCAAGGGCCCUAUGCAGAUGCCUUAUGGCCUCUCCAGCCACCUGAGUGUGGGAGGCAUGCCUGGUGGCUUCUGCCCUCUCAACACCAACGGAUACGGCCGACCAGGCCUGCCGCAGCCCUUGCACCCGGAGAAGCUGCCUAGCGACUUGGACGACAUGUCCAUCGAGAAGUUUGAGUUUGACAUGGAGACGGUUCUCCACGACACUCUGAUGGACGGUGACUCCCUGGACUUCAACUUUGAGCCAAUGGUGACCCAACAAGGUUUCCCCCACGGAGUGAAGACCACCACACACAGCUGGGUGUCAGGGUAGAAACUGUAGUGCGGCACAAUCGGAACUCAUGUGUAUCAUCGUGUAUCUUAGGAUGUUGAAUCCUCAACCCAACUUCACCGGCAGUCUCUGUACCAUCAACAUUUCUGUUUCAAAAAUACUUUUCAGAUCACUUCAUCAGACUGAGGCUUGUCGUGAACAGCUGAGGACACAUCUCCAUUAGAGCCCCUGAACUGGUGGAGAUGAAAUCUGAAUUAUUUUUGAAAUAUCAAAUAAUUUGUACAAACGAAGUGCCAAGCAAUUUGCCUUAACAUAAGAGCCAAACUGAAACACACCUCUCUGGUUUACUCACCAAGGUUGCAGCGUCUGUGAUUUUUGCAAGUGACACUGCCAACUACAUCUCAUCAUCAGCAGCAGCAGAACAAUCUGAAGUGCACAAACUGAUACCAAGAUGUUUACUGUGUGUCCACAAUCAACCUUUUUGUAUGUACAGUGUGGUGAUAAUUGAUUACCACUAUGGAAGAAUUAUGAAGGUAAUCUGGCUCAUGGGUUUGUUGACUGACAUGAUGUAAAGUGAGAGACUUCUCAAGGGAUCCUCGGAUGAUGUUACAUAAUAACUCACUUUGUCAUUGCCUGAAUGUACAUAGCGUCAUCAUACAGUUUGUAAAAUCGGGCCUCUUAGUGUAUUUCCUAAGGCUGUAAAUAGUGUUUACAGAACGGAAUCAAAAGUCGAGGCAGCAGAGGUGAGCCCACGUUGAAAACUGGAUCAGAUUAUUUUAAACACACAGCGAGUGGACAGAUCUGUGCUUGAUGAAUUCUUCUCAAAUAGGCUGUAAAACGGUAACACACUUUCUGAUUUCUUGUACAUACAUUAAGAAUGUAUAUUAAGAUGAUGUAGUAGAUGUUUACUGGAUUUAGUAUAUAUUUGAGACCUAAAUUAUUUGUGGUUAAUAUAGAUUUAUUCUAGUGCGUAACCUGCACUCAGAUAUCAGAAUUGUUCUGAGUCAUUCGUCACUCUGAACCUUAAUACCACAGGGGCCUAUUUAUUGUGCCUAACAAAGUAGAUGCAGGCCUGAAGGGUUUUAUAUUGUAAAUGUCUGAGGUCCAGAAGAUACUCAAAUCCAGCAGUCUUGAAGAAAAGUACAGUGAAUUCUUGAGUUUCAGUUCCCUGCUUUCACUUUUUUUUUAAGUAAAGAAGUAACGAGUGACUGUAGAUUGUUGUUGUUAGGGUUUCAUGAACGCUUCGCAGCUAUGUUAUUGUUAAGAGGUCAAGGCAGGUUGGUGGAUAAAAGAUAUUCUCACUGCCGCUGUUGUUGUCACAUCGGGGCUGAGUCGCCAGGGAUGGUCAUUAAAGACACUGUGAGUAUUUAAGCAGCCUGUCCCCUGUAUAGUUUCAGAACUUAAAAAAAAAGAAUCUUCUUUGUUUCAAACUGUUAGUGUGACUGAUUAAACUUAGUACAGUAUGAUACAUUUUUGUCCAAAAAGAGCCGUCUGAUGCUAUCGGUAGGAUCAGCUUUUCUGCUUUUAACGAGACUCCACAUUCACUCUGCUCCUUCUACCUCUACCCGUCUCCGAGUCAGAUAUUCAAUUACAUAAAGUUAACAUGUGAAUAUAUAGCUCCAAUGAUCUUCUUAAUAACAAGUCUAUUUUAAUUUGCCCCUGAAAAGCGCCACUAAGUGUUAAGUAUUUUAUCUAGCAUGUAUAUUUGCAAUUUCUGUCUUGCUUUUCCCACUUAUCACUGUACUAACAAUGAGCUUGUCGGCUUGUCAGUGACUUAUAAUGCAGAGUCACAAAUAGUGUACAAGUUUGUUGUUACGUUUGUGAAGAUGGUGUCUGUGAACACGACUGCUUCUAAUGAAGGCGGCUGGUUCGGUGGCUGAAAGGCUGGGUGGUUUAGAGAUAACAAACUAAACCUGCCAGUCUACCUUAAUGUUGAUUGCAUUAUUUAUCCAGAAUCCACAUAUAUCAGCAUGAGUCUGAUCAUGUGUUGUCAAGGGCUCUGAGUAUGCAGGUUUUCAUUUAAGUCCUACUGCUAAUGAGUUCACUCUAACCAGAGGGGAAGGCUCUUUAAAUUAGUUUGGGUGUUUGGUGGAAAUGAAAACUUGCAAACUCCAGAUCAGUAACGGCACAUGAUCUGACACCGCCCAUGUUUUUUUGUUUUUUUAAAGCCAUGUAGUGGGGCAGGUUUAAGAGGAGUACAAUGACAUUUUUAACAUUUCAAAAGGCCGUUAAAGAAGCUGCUGUUUGGCUUUGGUGCCAGGUGUUGCCUUUUCUUACCCAAAUAUGCCAUAGUGUACUAUAGCCAAAUUUGCCUUUUGAAGUAAAAGUGAUAUAUUUAGCAUUUUUAUCAUGUGAUAUGUUCAGAAUAAAAUAUAUUUGUGCCGGUCACUCAAGUCAGGAUAAACUGUAAUGAAUCCAUGUAGUCAGUGUCACAGGAUUCACUCUAAACGUAAAAAGAGCUGUACUAAGUAAAUUAUAUCUCUACAUUUUUAAAUGAUUGAAUCUAUGCAUUGUAUUCCUUAAUUUGAUGUUGCUUUUUUUUUUCUUUUUCUUUGAACUUAUGACAGAGAUAUUUUAUUGUAACAUAGCGCUGUGAGAUAUUAUGGUGUUUGUUGUUGUCAAAACUCUAUGUUCCAGAUAGUUAUAUGGGAUAAAAAUGAAGUUUAUUUAGAAAAUAGAUGAUGCAGUGAUUAAUAUGCUAAGCUUUUGUUAACUGACAAUGUUGUGUUUCUUGUAUUUAGCUACAGUUUUUAGAAAAUAGCAUCAAAAAGCAAAUUACUGAAAAAAAUGUAAAGAUAUAUUGAAUUUUUGAAAUGGAAAACGAAAUAUUUAAUCCGUCAGAGAAGUCAGAUUCUGGACCAAUUUUUGUAAUUUUAUGAGUAGAAAGAUAUUGCACUUUUACUUACAUGUUAUGACAAAGUGCUCCUCGCAACAAGAGGAAGAGUUUCCAUUACAUAUUUUAAAAUAAAAUUCUGUUACAUUGAAUUUAUAUACAGGAAUACAUUUUAAUUGUGCUGUGUGAUUUGCAAUCAAUAUGAAUAUGUAGCUUGUUCAAUAUUAAUGUAUUAAGAUCUGAAUAAAUGUUUUUCUGUGUUA